UUUUUCGGAUUGUAAAAGUUGUAAUCGUGUGAUAUAUUUACAAAAGAUUGCAUAUAGGUGCUUUUUUAAAUUAAAUAUAAACAAUUUAAAUCAUGUCUGAUAGCAAGUCGUCCCUCAGGAUAGAUUGGUUUGAUGGCACACUCAUCGAAGAUGCGAGACAGGCAACAAGCUCGACACAGUUCGAUGACGAAGACAAACCUGAAACACAAACAAAACUAACACCAAAAGACGUGGAGAAGAAACCUAUUGGUUUUAAAAGAUUAAUGGAUUUAUCAUAUUUGAAACCUCCGAUACUUAGCCUGGAAAUAUCACAUAGACCGGGAUUCUGGCACCUCUUAGACAUCGACCUGAAAGGAGAUUUUAUAGUUUUAAUUAUUAAAACAUUAAGUAACAUAUAUGGUUCUUUAGAAAGUGAAGAUAAAUCAAAAAUAGUAUCAUUGUUAAGGACGAGAUUUUUGAAAUCAGUUUUUAUAAACAAUUUAAAAACAUAUUUAAAACAGUUGCCAAAUGUAAGAAUUGUUGAAAAGAAGAUGAAUAUGCAGUUAUGGGACGAUGUAGAGACAUUUUUUUUGAACAUUUUUAUGUUGUGUGAAGGAAUGUUCAAGUUUCAUAUCAAGGAAAAUGAGGUUUUGUUUGAAAUACUGGAGUUGUUAGAGAUAACGGAGACAAGUGCUGUAGGAGUGAGAGAGGAACAUACGGAGACAAUUAGGGAUAGCUUUUUCACAAAAAUCAAUCAACUGAAAAAUGACAUAACGAUGAAAAUUAGUCAGGAAACAAAUGACUGCCUUCCAACAUCAACACAAAUUGAUAAUGAUCCUACUAAUUUUAAGAAUUUGCAAAUAUUUCCCACAAAAGAUGAUCUUCUCGGAGAGAGUAAGGUUGUAAUAAAACCAAACAUAAUCAAGGGAGCAUACCCAUCAGUAGAACAUUACUUAGAUCUGCAGUUUAAGUUGUUGAGAGAGGAUUACUUUGCACCAUUACGAGAAGGAAUAUGCAAAUAUAUGGAAAAUCCAUCUAAACGGAGGCAUGAAAAUAUAAGGGUGUAUCCAAAAGUGCGUAUAGUUAGAACAUAUGUGAGUAACAACAAAGUAGGAUAUUUGGUGGACAUGUGUAGAGAGCGCUCGGACGGUGGCAGUACUGACAGGAAGCAAUACGCUCACAGCAAACAGUUGAUGUUUGGCUCUCUGUUGCUUUUUACGAGUGAUAACUUUGAAACUAUACUGUUUGCCUCCGUACUGGAUUCUAAUCAACAUUUAUUGGAACAAGGUUAUGUUGUAGUAUCAUUUGAAAAUCCAGUGUCAAAUAAAAUAUACGAAAAAGAAUAUUUGAUGGUGGAAAGUGAAGUUUAUUUUGAACCUUAUCACAAAGUGCUGAAGGUUCUACAAAACAUGAGAGCUGAAGAUUUACCGAUGAAGGAGUAUAUUGUAUAUGUUCAGGCAGAAUCAAAACCACCUCAAUAUUUAUCAAAUGAUACAAUUUACAGUAUAUCAGGUCCUAAUAAUGAGGAAAUAAGUUUCCCCGUACUUGAUACUAAAAAAUGGCCUUCAAAGGAAACUUUCUGUUUAGAUGAAUCACAAAUGAGUGCUUAUCAGUUUGCUUUGACACGACAAUUUGCUGUCAUACAAGGUCCACCGGGAACGGGGAAAACGUUCUUAGGAAUCAAAAUCGCAUCAACAUUACUAAAGAAUUUGUCUUUAGAAGGUACUCCGAUGCUAAUCAUUUGCUACACGAAUCACGCCCUCGAUCAAUUCCUUGAAGGAAUACUUGAUACAACUCAAAGUAUUAUUAGAUUUGGCAAUCAGAGUAAAAGUGAAAAAUUACAGAAUUACACUUUACAUAGUAUGAGAGGGAGAAUCAAAUCUAAAUACUCAUAUCUCUAUGGAAGUAAAAAAGCAGAGUUAGAGAGAGUUUACAAAGAAAUGAUGGAAUUACAAACGGAGAUAGAGAAGUGUGAGAAAGAGAUAGUAUCAUAUAAGACUCUUAAACCUUAUUUAAAAAUUAAAAAUAAGAAUUACGAAUUAAAAACCACUAACGAAGAUUCGAUAAUAUCUUGGUUAUUUAAUCAUUUGGAAGAAAACAAUAUACAUCUAAAUAAUGAAGAUGAUUGGGAGAAACAAUACGAGGAAUUAGUUUGUGAUAAUGUAGAAACAUGUUUCUCCGAAGAAUGGGCUCUUAAAGAAAUAGAAUCGAUGAAUAAAAGCAUAAAAUACGUAAAAGAUUUAACAGACGAUGUAAUACAAACUAAAGAAAUGAUUGACAAAUUUGAAAAACAAAUAACUAAACUGACAAACAGAUUGGAAUAUUUUAAGCAAAGUAUGUCGUGUUUUAAAAAUGUCGGAGUAACAAAGGAUAUUUCUGAGGUAGAAGAUCUGUACCAGCUGUCUCCAGAUCAAAGAUGGACAGUUUAUUUGACAGCGGUGGCCGCUUUAAAAGACACAUUAAUGACUAAAAUGAAUGAUUUAUUGGAGAACCACGCGAGGUGCAGUGCGGAGUGCGAGGAGGUGAAGAGGCUGGUGGAGGCGGAGGCGUGCGGCGCGGCGCGCGUGCUGGCGCUCACCACGGCCGCCGCCGCCGCGCGCCGCGCGCUGCUGCAGCGCCUGCGCUGCCACAUCGUGCUGGUGGAGGAGGCGGCGGAGGUGCUGGAGACGCACAUCGUGGCCGCGCUCACUCGCCACUGCCAACAUCUCAUACUUAUUGGUAGCUUCAUUUUUUAUAUUUUAUCUACCGCCGCGCAUUAUAGACUAGCGAAAUACUACAACUUAGAGGUUUCCUUGUUCGAACGUAUGGUACGUAACUGCCAGCACGCGCGCGUCCUGCGCACGCAGCGCCGCGCGCGCGCACAUGUCGCGCAGCUGCUGGUGCCCGCUGUGUACCACACGCUGCACACACACCCCUCCGUCUACAAUUACCCUGACGUUAGAGGGAUGAAGGAUGACCUCUACUUCUACACCCAUAAUGUGUAUGAAGAUUCAGAGGGUGUAGAAGACAGUUGCAGCUACAGCAACAGUUACGAGGCGCUGUGGUGUGUGUCUCUGGCGAAUUACCUGAGGAAAGUGGGCUACUCCGCUGAUGACAUCACCGUGCUCACCAUGUACUCCGCGCAGGCCACACUUAUACGACAGGUGGGGUUAUUGUUUAUUCUCUAAAAUACUUAUUAUUCGAAAUAUUUUAUUUUUUACUAGCUGUUGCGAAUUUGUGCGUGAAGUUACAUAAUAUAGCUUAUGCUACUCAGUGAUAACAUAGCUUUAGAAAUCGGACCAGUAGUAUUUGAGUUAUUUCAAAAAUACUUAUCUUAAAAAUCCGAAUCUUUCCGCUUUUUAAUAUAUAGCUGUUGCUCGUGACUUUGACCACGUGAAAUUUAAAAAUAAAGACUAUAUUACUCGGCAUAACGUAGCU